AUGGUCUCAAACGCACAAGACGCAAUAGCAGCGCUCCUCGCCUGUGGUAUUGAGGACGAUUUUGCGCAAGACCUCAUCACGCACGAAAGCGAUUACGAUAAAGUUUGUAACGAUCCGUUGAACUAUCUCGGGGAUCAAUGGAUGGAAAUAAACGCUGCUUUUGUACCUGCCAAUGAUGUGCAUCAGUUAGAGGCGGCCAUGAUUGCCCUUCAUUUCAGGCCUGACGUUGCGAAAUCUUAUUCUCGGACCCUCAUAAACACGCAGGGGCACAUCAGACUCCGCGAGCCUUUUAGUUGGGCAAUGAUGUUUGCUAAUGGCCUCUACAAGUAUGGUAGCGCCGAUCUUUCCUGA